GCGGAGGCCCAGCGUCGUCGAGCGUGUCCGAGAGGGAUACCCAGCUUGCGUGCGCGACGUCGUCUCGGAGCCCAGGAAGCAGCCCCCCUCGACGAGGAUAUAGCGCGUUGGGAAUUUUAUGGUGUAUUCCCGAUGGGCCUGCUUAUCCUCUGGCUACAAUGGGCUGACGCAGAAUGCGACUGACUCGUCAUUACUCCUGCUGCUCCUCUCUCCGCGGUGUCACCUACAUGAGAGAGAGCUAAUUUGACGAGAGUUAAUGGUGCACCCUGUCGUCGUUGUCCUCCAGUCGACGUAAUGGAGGAGCCGGUUAAGAAGAAGCAGCGUAUCGAGAUUAGCGCGGGCGCCAAGAACGGGCUCACCGACAUCGAGGAGCUGCAGAGGAGCCUGCUCGCGCGGUGCCUGUGCAAUAUGCCGGAGAGCAGUCUGCGCAAGCCGUUCACCAGCUUCACGGUGGAGGAGGCCGACGGUAGCAUCCGCUACGCCGUACUGCCCGAGUGGGACACGGACCAGAUCCUCGAGUAUCUGAGCGCCCUGCAGCUGCUGUUCGACCUGGCGAUCAGGCAGAACGCGAAGAACGUGAUGUGCAAGCGCGUGAUGGACGUCUGCGACGCGGUGGCGCGGAACGAGCACGGCAUCGUCGAUCAGAUCAUCGACCUGUCCUACACGACCGACAAGUUCGUGUCGUACGCGGCGAGUCGCGUGCUCGCGUCCUUCUUCAUCGUCACGCGAGACAACGUGGAGGUCGCCUGGCUGGAGAGGCUCACGCAGUCCUUAGUCAACACGCACUGCCCGAGCCAGAUGCUGUUCACCCUGGACGUGGUCAAGAGAGUGGUCGAGCACAAGGACUGCAGUAUACAUCCGCUGGAGGACGGGGACACGUCGGUGCCGCCGCCCGACUGCAACACGUUCGUCAUCACCGACUUCGAUAGCACGGCGGUCAAGGCGAUGUGCGUGAAGGCGCUCGAGUCCAAGUGGACCAUCCUCGUGUCCAAGUUCAAUGACAUUCUCGGGGCGUACACGCCGCAACACGCGUCCGUCGUGAUCACGUUUCUACACUUGUGGGAGACCGUGAUCUCGGUGAAGGCCAAUCUCUCCGUGAUCGACACCAAGCCCUUCUACCUGCAGCUGAACAAUCUCGUGCUGUUACUGAACGCCAACGUGCCGGGCGUGAUCUGGCGACACUUGCUCGGGCUCUUCAACGAGGUGCUGUGCUACGGCAGCACGCUAGCGCUGCAGGACGUACUACCGGACGAGCCGUGCUCCCUGGCGCACCUGAUCGUGCGCGCCGUCAAGGACUGGCGGCUGCUCGACGCGUUGCCGUAUCGUCACGGCUCCGGCAGGUUCGGCGGCGGCACCGGCGAGGGCGAUCGUCCUCUGCUGCAGAAAAUGGUGCUGCUCGUGCUGAAGAGCGUCGCCGUGACGGUGAGGGAGACGCGCAGCGACUCCAGCGACUCGUCCCUCGGCUCCGAGGCCGAGGAUCUCGACGAGGACAUGGCGGUGAUCGAGAGGAGUAUCCGCGAGGUUCUACGCCAGCUGGAUCAGUGCGUGAAGGCGCUGAUGCCCUUCCAUCCGGAGAUGCCGCUGUCGCAGUGGGUCGUGCAGAUGUUUCACGACCAGGACGACUUCCUGAUCGAGGGUAUGGUCUGCUGCCUGGACGUCGCCGUGGGCCUGUUCUACCGCGGACCGCCGCAGAACGAUCUGGGCCAGAUGCUCAGCCCCACGUUGACCUUCGUGCAAUUCAUCCGCGCUGUGUCGCACGACCCGGACGUUCUCCUGGAUCUGCUCGUCAGCAACGAGACUUGCUUCCUGCUGUACCUCUUGCGAUUUCUCAAGUACAUUAGGCGUAAUUGGCACGAGUUCGUCAGGUGCUGCGGCCGCGAGCUGGACGACACCAUGACGGUGCUAAUAAGAUUACGGCUGGCCAUCGAUCGGCUGGUGUCUAAGAACCUGUUUCCGUACAACAUUAGUCCGGUUCAUCGUCUACUCGAGAAAUGCGAGUCCUUCUACGAGGGUAACGUGGACAACGGCAACAGCCUCGUGUAAGAUAAUGGGGGACGUUCGGGGAGGGAUUCGAAUCGCCAAGUCGAUCGAGCGUGUGUACAAAAUUGUAUGAACCGAAGUACUCUCCGAGCUCUAGUUAGAUUUUGCCAUCUGUAAAAUAUCGUGUGUAGUGUGUGUACAGAUCGCCGCAUACCGUCCCGUAAAACGCAACGCGGCUGGACUGACUCCGCCGAUCCUCGAAGGCUUGGAAAAAAGAAACUCCGGAAGACGAACGACGUUUUCUUAUUUAUUAGUCUUCUUAUUCUUUAGCGAAAUUUUUCAAUAUAGCUGGAAUUGCAAGACGGACGUUUAACGCCCGUCUGUGUUCACGAAUCAGCCCAAGUUUUGGUAGUUACACAAUCCGCAGUCGGAGUAGUACAAAAAAAAAAAGAACAAAGACAGCGAAAUUUCCAUCGAUUGUCUCAAAACGAGGCUGCAUUCGCGUGGUGCUAAAUGAAUUGCAUUUCAUGCCAAAGCACCAUAAUGAGAGCAUGCAUAUUGAUGUAUACCACUAGUGUAAUAUUUAUAUGUAUACUUCGAGAGCUAUUUGUACAAUUUCCAGUCACACACCUGUAAAUGUAAUUUUAUAUUGUAUUUUGAUGAAAUACCUGAGAAAUCUGUACAUAUCUCAAGCAUCGAGCUCGCAAGAGCCGACCUAUCGAGUUUUACUGGACGACUUGCUUAUACACUUCCGAUAAUUCUGGAGGAAAUUUAAAAGAGAAAACUCUUUUUAGUCUCUCGCAUGAAUUACAAUGCGGCAAAUCAGAAAAGAUGUAACACGUAGAAAAUUAUAUGUUGUCGUCAGGUCUGGUCUCGUACAGCUUACGUAAGGGGAAAAAAUAUAUAUAUUUUGUAGCCGAGAAAUACAAUUAUAAAAUAUAAAUUUGCAAGCGUCGACGAUAUUGGAGAAUACUUCUGGUUAGCAUUUUGUAUUAUUCGUACUCUAUUACGGAAUGAAAAAUGAAAUUUCUUUAGCGACAUUUAAAAUUCUAAGUGGAAAGAAAAAAAAAACACGACGGUUAUCCGCAGUUGUUUCGAGAUUUCUGAUGAAACGUAACUGUAAAUAGUGACAUUAACAACGCUAUACAGGCGCGCUACGUAUUCAAUAUAAGUAUUUCUUUCUGUAAGUAAUAAUGUAAUACACACUAAAAUUCUCACGUUUUUACUUUUAUAAUUGUGGUGUCGUUUAAUUCAAUCUCCCCCUGUGAUUGAGCUUAAUUUACGAUCGUUUUCGCAAUUCUACGCAACGACGUAGGUAGACUCUUGCGGGAAAAAUCAGACUCGACUGCAGCUGGAAGAUAUCUCUUCUCCUUUUUUUUUUUCAAUCAAAUAUUUAUUAUCAUCUUUCCCAAACGCAAGUCAAAUACAAUUGCCAUUAUCGAGACUUACGAUUAAUAAUGUGUAGCCCGGCAGAUUGUCAGUGAUGCCCCGCGAUUAAUCGCGCAGUGUUCGAUUACAUUGAUUAGAGCGACGUAACGCGCUUAUCUCACCGGGACAAACCGUCCAGAUAUCUCCUUUUUGUUUCCUCUUUUUUUUUUUUACCUUAGAAAGAUCCAUAUAGAAUUAAGUUCGUAACGUUAGCCUUCCUCGGCUUAUCUCUUCUUCUUUUUUUUUUUUUUUAUAAAAUUACGCUACUCUCUAUUUAGAAUUUGCAAAUAUAGCUCUAAUUAUUUAAACGUUCGAUCGGAGCGCGAUCGAGGAAUUUUGUGUCGAGAUGGACAGUUUUCCAGAAACACAAAAAUUUUCUUACUAAAUAUUUAUAUUUGCGUAUUAAAUCAUUAUUUAUAUACCUCUGUACUUCGUCAAUAAAUCACUAUUUCACAGCAUCAUUUUCCCAUUUAAAACAAAAAA